GCAGCUGACACGCCUGUGUUAUUGAUCACAGGCUGUCCGUGGGUAAAGUGUGGCAGGAUUCUGCGCAGUGUGGGUUUGGCUCCGUGGGGCAGAGUCUUUGAAGUAGACAAGGCUGAUCACAGAUCAGAUACAGGCGCUUCAGAUCCAGAAGCCCCCCCACCCCCACCCCCUCUCUGUGCUUUGAUCCUGGGCUGGGCUUGUCCUGGGUCUGCUGCUGCUGCUCCGUGGAGCCGGGCUGGGGCUGCAGCACUGACACGGUGAGCGGACCGGUGCGGGACACACACCACACCUCUCACCGGUCUGCUGUCGACUUUCACACACUUCUACUCUGGCUGGAUCUGCAGGAUCUUUUCCUAGCAGCUGUUACCAACAAGUGACUCAACAAAAUGGUCUUGAUGCUUCAUCCCACCCUCUCACUUGUACUAACCGUACAUAUCAUGUACUCGACUCUGAUUCCUGUGAGGGCCGGGGAGGAGGCCAGGGACUGCAGAGAACAGGAGUACAAGGACCGGUUUGGGAACUGUAAACCCUGCAAGCAGUGUGAUGCCGGACAGGAGCUUUCAAAGGAAUGUGGCUUUGGUUAUGGAGAGGAUGCCCGGUGCGUGCCCUGCCGGAGCAGUCGCUUCAAAGAGGACCGGAGUCUGCAGAAGUGCAAACCCUGCCUGGACUGUGGACUCAUCAACCGUUUCCAGAAGGGCAACUGCUCCACCACCACCAACGCUGUGUGUGGGGACUGCCUCCCUGGAUACUACAGGAAGACAAAAUUAAGCGGUUUCCAAGACAUGGAGUGUAUACCAUGUGGAGAUCCUCCGCCUCCAUAUGAACCUCACUGUAGUGGUCGUGUGAACCUGGUGCCACUGCCCUCGGUGGUGACCAGUCCGCGGGACAUGGCUCUGGCCGCGGUCAUCUGCAGCGCUCUGGCCACCGUCCUGCUGGCUCUGCUGGUCCUGUGUGUCAUCUACUGCAAGAGACAGCUACUGGAGAAGAAGCCGAGUGCCGCCUCUCUAAGGUCUCAGGACUGUCCGUACAGCGGAGCCGAGCUGUCCUGCCUAGACCCUCGUUGGCUUCAUGACUUUCCCCAGAGGCCCUGCUGCCAGUGUCACCUGGGCCCCGGACACACCUGUGGUCCAGUCCACCUGAUCCCGUCUCUGUGUUGUGAUGAGAGCUGCAGUCUGGGCCGAAGCCGGGAUAACAGUCCCUUCCAGUCUCACACAAGCCUCAGUAACGGGAAUACAAACCAGGAGGACGAGCGAAGCCCGAUGCAGCCAGAAAAGAACGGAGGGAUGAGGAGGAACUCAGAACCAGGCGAGUGUUUCAGGGUCCCUCAGUUCUAUCAAGACCCUGCAGAAAGUCGAGAGGUGGAAGGACAAGAAGAGGACGAGGGAGAUGAGGACAGGCCACAGGAGGAGUUACCGGACAGGACCACACGGAGCUACAGUGAAGCUGUGACGGAUGCACGACUUCCCCAGCAGCACCCAGUGACUCAGGAAGGAUGACAUGGAUGUCUUUGGCUCGUGUUCCACCCUUGAACCACCAACAGCAGCAGUCAGAUCCCGUUUCAGAUUACUCUCUUGCCCCCCCACCCCCACCCCCACCCCCACCCCCACCCCUCCACCCACCCAACACACUCACACACGGAUCACAGCGGCCACUCUGAAGUUGCACCGCGCCUUUGAAAUGCCUGCCGGCGACCUCAGAGCCCCUCGCCACAGGGUCCAAACUUAAUAUGUACAUACAUGCAAAUACAACCACUGUGAGCAGAAACAGUGCACGAGGACUAACGCACAGAGACAAACACAGACAACACACAGAUUGUGAACUCGCUGGACCAGAAGGUGAAAUCGAAUGAAGUUCAAGGAGCAUUGACUUACUACUGUGGAGUAAAAUGAAUCAGCGUGGGCCUCUGCUCUGCCUUGAGAAUGUCUUGCAUCUUCACAUGUAGGAGAACAUAAACUGUACCACUGAACUAGCAGAUGGUGUGAUGAAGCUUUUGUGUGUAAAGGUUGUAAAAUCUGAGGUGUGAAGAAAAAUGUUAAGCUUAUAAUGUUGCACAUUGAAGACAAUCUUGAUACAGAAGAAUGUUUUUUAAAUGAUAAAUGUGUUGUAGAUAAUGUAAAAUAGUAUAUAGGUCAAUAUUUUUGUAACAUAGACAUGACUGACAGUAUGUUUGCCUUUCCUCCUUCAGUUUUAGAGUUCAUGGUCAUGAACGCUCACUUCCACAUGAUGUCAUUUUACAUGUUUGUAAAUAAACGUGAAUGAGUUCAACUGCA